AUAACAGAAGAUUUCCUGGCAACAUAUCAUGCCAACUAUGGCUUUCAUGCAGAUGAUAAGGACAGUUCCUCUACCUCUGGCACAGCAACUGAAAGUAAGCAACCAGUAAGUUCUAAGACAUCAGGAACACAACCGUCCGCAAAUGAGAAAAGACCACAACAAACGGAUCCAAAACAAAAAGCGGAAAAACGGAAGCUUGAGCCAGGAUGGUUUCAUGUUGAAGAAGACAGAAACACAAAUGUUUAUGUGACUGGUUUACCUCCAGACAUUACAAAAGAUGAAUUUAUACAAGUCAUGUCAAAAUGUGGUAUCAUUAUGCGAGAUCCUCAGACAGAAGAACACAAAAUCAAACUGUACAAAGAUAAGGAAGGAAAUCUUAAAGGAGAUGGCCUCUGUUGCUAUCUAAAGAGAGAAUCAGUUCAACUUGCCCUGAGACUUCUGGAUGAGGCAGAAAUUAGAGGCUAUAAAUUACAUGUUGAAGUUGCAAAGUUUCAACUGAAGGGGGAGUAUGAUGCAAGCAAAAAGAAGAAGAAAUGUAAAGACUACAAGAAGAAGUUGUCUCAACAGCAGAAACAGCUGGAUUGGAGGCCUGAGAAGAAAGAUGGCGCAACUCGAAUGCGACAUGAGCGCAUCGUUAUUAUCAGGAAUAUGUUUCACCCAAAGGACUUUGAGGAGGAUCCCUUAGUGUUAAAUGAGAUCAGAGAAGAUCUGCGGACAGAAUGUGAAAAGUUUGGUCAAGUAAAGAAGGUUCUCAUAUUUGAUCGACACCCUGAUGGCGUGGCUUCUGUGUCAUUUAAAGAAGCAACAGAAGCUGAUCUGUGCAAGCUAACUCUAAAUGGCAGGUGGUUUGGCGGCCGUCAGCUCAGUGCUGAAACAUGGGAUGGUGUAACGGAUUAUCAGGUGGAGGAGACUGCAAGAGAAAGAGAAGAAAGGCUCAAGGUGUGGGGAUCGUUUUUAGAGGAUCCUGAUGCAAAGGAGCAGCAAACUACAUCUGAUUCAGAUUCCGCGACAAGUAGUGUUAAAAUGCCUGAAGGCAAACAACCUUCGAAAGUUAAUGACACAUCUAAGGAGGAUGUAUAUGAUGAAGGCCAUAAGAGGGAGAAUAAUGGUGAGGGCAUUAAUGAAGAUGGUGCUCCAUCUACAGACAGCAGCCUUGCAGGCAGUGAUGUUGAAGCAGAUACAUAACAUCUUUAAUGCUUUAUGAAAGCAUAGUUUUUAGGGUGAUGCUUGAGUUUAUCCCUUUCUUCAGGGUGACUGCAGACAAUAUUCAUAUGAAUAUAUACAUAUUAGAAUGUCAUCAACUGUGUGCUUUGAAGUUUUCAUUAAAAGUAGUAUUUAAUGAGGUUCUAAAAGUUUGUAUUAAUUGGCUGUUCAGGUAAAGUAACUCAAGUUGCCAAGAAUGCAGUAAAAUUCAUCAGACUUUUUUUGUUUUAACUAUGCUUGUCAGUGUUUCAUUAUGUAUGUGUGAAAUAUGUUCGAACCCUUCAGUUUAUGUAACUAUAUGUAACUUAAAUAAUGCAAAGCUAUUACAAGAUUUGUGGAUUUUACUGUUAAUUUUCCUGUACCCCUUGGAACUCAG